AAAUUCAAAACCGUAAUAAUUAAUAAUGAGUGAAUUAAGACGGUUCAGGACUACCGAUUUAUUUCGCUUCAAUAAUGUAAAUCUUGAUGUUCUAACAGAAACGUACAAUAUUUCAUUCUAUCUUACUUAUUUGGCGCGUUGGCCAGACCUUUUCUGUGUCCAGGAAUCACCCAGUGGAACCAUAAUGGGUUACAUAAUGGGGAAAGCUGAAGGACGUAAUAAAGAUUGGCAUGGUCAUGUUACGGCAAUCACUGUAGCUCCCGAAUAUCGACGGUUAGGUUUGGCAGAUGGAAUGAUGAAGUUGUUAGAAAAUGUGUCAGAAAAGAUUUAUGAUGGAUAUUUUGUCGAUUUAUUUGUCCGCGUAUCAAACAAAGUUGCAAUAGGGAUGUAUAAAAAGUUUGGUUAUUCUGUCUUUAGACGUGUUAAUGGAUAUUAUUCUUCAGGAGAUAAUAAUGAAGAAGAUGCAUUUGAUAUGAGAAAACCUUUACCACGAGAUGAAAAGCGAGAAAGCGUGAUUGAAAACGGGGAGAAUAAUAUUGUUAAACCUGAAGAUUUGUAGAUUUAUAGUAUUUUACAUAGUUUGCUUGAUUUAUUUGUAGCCCAGGGACUUUUUUAUAAUAAAAUAAAUUUAGCAGUUAAUUAUUAUUAUAUAUAUAUAUAUAAAAGUGAUUUAGUGGUAAAGAUACAAACUAAACUAGUAAGACUCACUCGCUCACUCACAAUAUGUAAGUUAUUAGGUACUAUCAAUUAAGACUAACCUAACCGCCCCCAGGAUAACCUACGAGCCCACUUUUCGUAAAAGAAAAACUAUCUAUAGAUUAUAGAGAUAAAAGGGAGAUGAAGGAAAGAAUAACAAAAUGACAUAUCAAUCUAGAUGCAACUAAGGUCCAUUGAGACAAAUAGAAAAAGCGGAUUGUAAUACAUCAAUAAUAGGUAAUACUAAGUAUUACUAUUAUUUCCUGCAAUGACCCCGGAGAGAAUUAAAAGCAUUACAGGAUUUUUUUGACGAUUUUUUU